UUUAAUCUCCCCUUCGUUCCUCCCUUAUUCCACCUUCAUCCCUGUUUUCUUCUCCUCCUCCUCCUCCUCCAAAUGGCUCACGGUGAGCUAAGGGGAAUGCUGUGGGUUUGGUGGUUGAUGCUAUUGGCUUCAAGCUGGUUGAUGGGGUCGGUCCGGCCGGACCCUCAAGUCCCAUGCUAUUUUAUCUUUGGGGAUUCGCUUGUGGAUAAUGGCAACAACAACGACAUCGCCUCGUUGGCACGGGCCGACUACAUGCCCUACGGCAUUGACUUCGCCGGCGGCCCAACCGGAAGGUUCGGCAAUGGCUUGACCACCGUCGAUGUCAUCGCUCAACUGCUGGGCUUUGAAGACUUCAUCCCACCUUAUGCUGCUGCAAGAGGCCGAGCACUCCUCACCGGCGUAAAUUUUGCAUCUGCGGCUGCCGGAAUAAGGGAGGAAACCGGGCAACAAUUGGGUGAUCGAAUUAGCUUCAGCGGGCAACUGCAGAACUAUCAGGCAGCGGUCCAAGAGGUAGUGAGCAUAUUAGGUGAUGAAGACUCUGCUGCUAAUUACCUUAGCAAAUGCAUCUUCUCUGUUGGUAUGGGCAGCAAUGACUACCUCAACAACUACUUCAUGCCUGCCUUCUACUCCUCCAGCAGCCAAUACACUCCAGAACAAUACGCCGACGUGCUCAUUGAACAGUAUUCUCAGCAGAUAAGGACUUUGUACAAUUAUGGAGCUAGGAAGGUGGUCUUGAUGGGAGUGGGUCAAAUUGGGUGCAGCCCAAAUGAAUUGGCUCAGAAUAGCCCGAAUGGCCAAACCUGUGUUCAUAGGAUCAACAGCGGAAUCCAAAUAUUUAACAGGAAGCUGAUAGCUUUGGUGGAUCAAUUCAACACCUUAAACCAGGCAAAUUUCACCUACAUAAAUGCCUACGGGAUAUUUGAGGAUAUCUGGAGAAACCCUUCGAAACAUGGUCUAACAGUUACAAAUAGGGGAUGCUGUGGGGUGGGAAAGAACAAUGGCCAGAUUACGUGUCUCCCAUACCAAACUCCGUGCCCAAAUAGAAACGAGUAUCUUUUCUGGGAUGCCUUCCAUCCGAGUGAAGCAGCCAACAUAAUUAUUGGCAAAAGAUCUUACAGCGCCGAGUCCUCAUCUGAUGCCUACCCCAUGGAUAUUCGUCACCUUGCUCAAAUUUAGUCUGACGAUUGGGACCAUGCACGCCAAGGUGAUGGCUUGGUUGACCCUUAUCAUGAAAGAUUGGGUUCUCUACCUCCCUGCCCUCUUUGAAAUUGUCUUCCUGCUUCUUUGUUUUGUUUUCGAAGCCUCGUAUAAACAUUUUUAGAGAGGGCAAUAAAGUGCCCAACUAGUUAGCUGCUAAGGGUUAUUGGCACGGGUCAACAUUUUUUUUAAACACUGGGGGGCGAUUCUAAUGAGUUGGAAAAUUUAUUAUAUGCAGACUUGCUUGAAGUACUGA